AUGUCAGACGAUGAAAUCGUCGCCGGCCCGCCUGGAGCCACAUCUCUGGACGCACGAGGAGCGUCUGAACAGAAACCCAAAUACCGCUCAUGGCGCAAGAAGUAUCGCAAGAUGAAGACGCACUUUGACGACGUCAUGAAGGAGAGCAACAGCCUGUUCAUCGACGAGCAGAAGCUCGACGCCUUGUCCAAGAGGCUGCAGGAGCAGAACGAGUGA